AUGCACACGAACACUGAAUCGCAUGACGAGGAGGAAAAUCGCCAUGGUUGUCGCGCAAGGAUGCGACCGUUGUCGCAAUCGUGGUACUACUGGGCGAUGGUCGCGUUGCUUCUAGCUCAGGUGUUUCUAUCGAUCAAUUACCACAUACUAAUCUGUAAUAUGCCUAUUGCGAAUACUUUACUUUUACUUGUUAUCAUGGCUCAUCACGGAUAUACUCUCGGCGAUCAAGCCCGGCCACUUUUUCAUCGGAUAUGUGGUUGUGUGGCUUUCAUAGCUGUGCUGUUUGUGAAUACGACUCACGCUCUAGAAUUACUAACUGAUUAUGCUGAAAAUGGUAAUCAUUCUCACUCACAUGGCGACCAUGAUCACGAGGAUGAUCAGGAGAAACAUGGAUAUGGUUUUGUUCCGAAGCAGUACGUUAUUGUUAGCAUCUUCGACGUUGCUUUGAAAUGCCUCGUUCUGGCCCUGGGCCAUAUUCCAUCAAUGGGCCUACGUCCCAUUCCUCGUUUAGCGCUACAUACUCUGAGUCCUACAGUGGUUAUUGGAAUGUAUAUUGCUGGAUUGGCAAUUCCGCCGUCAAUUGGUGAGUCAUGGCUAUGGGAACAUGUCGAUCCGAUUGUUGCAGUGGUCAUGACGAUACUGUUUUUCCUGCUCAUCAUUCCUGCCUUCCAAGAAAUGAUGCCAUACAUCUUUGCUGACACGCCAGCGAAAUUUCAUGUGGAGUCGUUCCAAAACGAGAUUUCGGCAACGUUCCCCGAUGUCACAUGCACACACAUACACGCAUAUCGAUUGUGGCCUGGCAAUCUUUUCGAAGCACUCAUUCAUCUGAAUUUCUUGGUGGAUAAGUCAAAGCUAAAAUGGUCGGACGAAGCAGCUGCGCGAUAUUCUGAGGUCCGUCAAAAUGUAGCGAGCGUGCUGACGAGGGCUGGUGCUCAAAAGGUAGUCGUUGAGCCAUGCUUCCUGGACGCUACAGAGAUAGGGCGACCAUGGGUGGGAUGUAUCGGUGCAACAUGCUUCCGCCAGGAUCGUGGUUGCUGCAAAAUGGACGACAAUAAGGCCGAAGCUUAG